AGCAAAAUUCACCAAUUAGCAGCGCGAUUGGCAGCAAAGUGGUGCUCAAGCCUUCUUCAAACAUGCUUUUUGAAUACUCUUUUGCUUGUAUUAUUAGUUUCCUUUGCUUUAUAUAAUCAGUCAACAUCAUUGGCGGAAUGAAUUAUUCAUGUGCUGUUUUAGAGUCAUAUUUUUCCCAGGUUUAUGUUUGGCGUCCAUAAUCCCAUGUAUUCAGUGGCUGUAUAUGCUCUUCUUGCCUUUUGAAAUUACCACCAAUGCUGAUGUUGUCUAGCCAGCAGAGCUUGCAGAUGCUGCGGACCUGUCUGUACGUUGGCAGGAUAUGGCGGAGUCCUGCCUACCUUUCCUCCCUGGCCUCAGCUCACUCAGGCAGGCUGGGUGGCUGUGCCAGGCUGUCUAACAGACUCAGACCUGGAUAUGGCAAGGUGUCCGAGCGGUCUGUGCGACGGGAGCUGGCGGCGGCCCGCCGGCUGCUGGCCCGCUCCCUGCCGGCGCUGUCCGGCCGGCUGUCCUCUGACGGCCUGUCCGGUGUGUCCACUGUGUCCGGACAGUGGCGCGGGCUGCACACUGCCCCACCGGCGGCCGCUGCCGAUGGACCCCGCCCGCCGUCCGGGUCCCAGCCAAACAGGAAGCCUCCACCGCCCGACGAGGAGGACCCAGACAAGAAGAAGAAGCCGGACGAGGAGAACACGACCACGCAGCUGGCCAAGACGGCCCUCUGGAUGCUCAUCAUCUACUGGUUCAUCACCGUGCUCACUAUGCUGUUCCCGAGUAGCAACCGACCCGAUCAGAUAUUCCGUUUCGUGUCGUGGAACGAGUUCGUGCACCACAUGCUGGCACGGGGCGAGGUGGAGGAGGUGAUCGUCCGGCCCGACCUGAACCAGGUCACCAUCGUGCUGCACGAGGGAGCCGUGGUCAAGGGCCGGCGCGUCGAGUUCACCGUGUUCCAGAUGAACGUGCCCGACGUGCAUCAGUUCGAGGAAAAGCUGCGAGAGGCCGAGACGAAAAUCGGAGUUCGCCCUGAGGACCGUAUCCCCGUGGUUUACGAGCGCUACUCGGACGCCGCCGGCCGCCUAUUGACCACCGUGAUUAUCGUAUCGCUGCUGGCGUACGCACUCUCUGCCAGCCGCGGGAAGUCGCCCAUCUCAAUGAAUGCACUGAGUUCUCUGACGCGCGCCAAGUUCACCAUCGUGGACUCUCUGGCCGGCGAGGGGCGCGGCGUCAAGUUCAGUGACGUGGCCGGCCUCAAGGAGGCCAAACAGGAAGUGAUGGAGUUUGUCGACUACCUCAAACGGCCAGAGUACUACCGCAGUCUGGGCGCCAGGGUACCGAAGGGAGCGCUGCUGCUCGGUCCGCCCGGCUGCGGUAAGACGCUGCUGGCCAAAGCGGUGGCCACCGAGGGACAUGUGCCCUUCCUCACCAUGAACGGCUCCGAGUUUAUCGAGAUGAUCGGCGGACUGGGCGCCGCCCGGGUCAGAGACCUGUUUAAGGAGGCUCGGAAGCGAGCGCCGUGUAUCGUCUACAUUGACGAGAUUGACGCCAUUGGUCGAGCUAGGGCCGAGGGAGCGGGCAGCUUCAGCGGCGGAGCCGGGGAGAUGGAGCAGACUCUCAACCAGCUGCUGGUGGAGAUGGACGGCAUGGCCACCAAGGAGGGCGUGGUGAUUCUGGCCUCCACCAACCGCUCCGACAUCCUCGACAAGGCGCUGCUACGGCCUGGCCGGUUCGACCGACACAUCCUGAUCGACCUGCCGACGCUGGCGGAGCGGCAGGAGAUCUUCGAGCACCACCUGAAGGCGAUUGUGCUGGAGCGUCCGGUGACCGCCUUCUCGCCGCGACUGGCCCGACUGACGCCGGGAUUCAGCGGCGCCGAUAUCGCUAACGUGGCUAACGAGGCAGCGCUGAAGGCUGCCCGGGACGGAGCUAAGGAAGUGAAGGGAGCAGACCUCGAGUACGCCAUCGAGCGCGUCGUGGGCGGCACGGAGAAACGGUCUCAGGUAAUGUCUCCCUCUGAACGGCGCGUGGUGGCGUUCCACGAGUCGGGUCACGCGCUGGUCGGCUGGCUCCUGAAGCACACGGACGCCCUGCUGAAGGUCACCAUCGUGCCGCGAACCAACCAGACGCUAGGCUUCGCGCAGUACACUCCGGCAGACAUCAAACUGCACACGACGGAGCAGUUGUUUGAGAAGAUGUGUAUGGCGCUGGGCGGCCGGUGCGCCGAGGCUCUAGUCUUUGACCGGGUCACCACCGGAGCGCAGAACGACCUGGAUAAGGUCACCAAAAUGGCCUACGCCCAGGUCCGCACAUUCGGUAUGAACGAGGCUGUGGGCCCGCUAUCUUUCGACCCGUCCACGCCCGGCCGGAAGCCGUACAGCCGAAAACUGGCGGCUCUAAUGGACGUGGAAGCGCGCGCUCUGGUGGCCCGCGCUUACCGGCACACGGAGCAGGUGCUCCAGGAGAACAUGGACAAACUGCAGAUGAUGGCCGAGGCACUGAUGUCCCGCGACACCCUCAACUACGACGACGUGGUGGCGCUGAUUGGACCCCCUCCCCACGGCCACAAACACCUGGUCACGCACCAGGACUUUGAAGAGGAACUCAAGGAGGAGGCUGCCACUGCGGGGCCGCCGCCGAACGCGCCUCCGCCGGCCGCCGAGGGGGGAGAGGGUGACGGGCAGCCGGCCGGCGGGCCAGCGGAGGGGGAUCAGAGGGGCGUGGGGCGACCCGAGUAGGGGAGGAGGGGACGGCAGGGAGGGCUGUGCUGGGGUGCGCGAUGAAUGAAUGUUGGAGGAAAUGAGAGAUGAGAGAAUAUGUGGUGACUGUUGACGUGUUGCUGUUGAAUGCCAUGUGGAACUGAGUUGCCUUUAGUAAUCCUGUGGUGGAGUGGAACAUUCAGGUAAUUGUUCUAUGACAGCUGUUUACUCUGACUGCAUUCGCUGCUGAGUUACAAGAUAAUCCCACCCAGAGAAGCUCCUUUACCCCACCCCAUCUGUUCCGGUCUUUGUCUCGGUUUUAGUGCAAUUGAGUUGGCGCGUGCGACAGAUUUCAGUCGGGAGCCCCAGCUGCUGUCGGUACAUAAUGGCGUUGAGCGGUCUGAGUGAGGAUUUUCAGUCGGGUUCCCGGCUACCCAGGGUCAGAUGUUGCUGAUUGACCCCCGUUGACGUACUAUGCUGCAGUCAGUUUAUACAGUCAGUAGAUGUCAGUAUUCUUCUGACAUGUCUGCCUGAGAGUGCCGCAGUUCUAGUGAUAUGUUGUAUCGCUUAACGACAGAUGUCCGCAGAUGUCUGUGUUCUGAGUGAUAAUAUAUUUGUACGUGCUCAAUGUACAAACGAUGGCUGA